ACGACUCGCGGACUGCUGACCGCACGCUGAUAACAGCUGAUAACACGUGGUGGUGACAGUGCGGUAUGAGGAGACGGCCUCGGCGCGUGCCUCGGUGGUGAGUGCGGGACAGAGAUGCAUCUGACCGGAGGAACCGUGUCCCCGUCCGACGGCGGGACGGCCAUGAUCAACGACACCUACACGAAGAUGACUUCGGACAUCUUGGCGGAGCGGACGCUGGGGGACUUCCUCUCGGAGCACCCCGGGGAGUUGGUGAGGACGGGGAGUCCGCACUUCGUGUGUACCGUCCUACCGCCCCACUGGAGGUCCAACAAGACGUUACCGGUGGCCUUCAAGGUGGUGGCGCUGGGGGACGUGGUGGACGGCACCGUGGUCACCGUCAGGGCCGGCAAUGACGAGAACUAUUGCGCCGAGCUGCGCAACUGUACCGCCGUCAUGAAGAACCAGGUGGCCAAGUUCAACGACCUCCGGUUCGUCGGCAGAAGUGGCAGAGGGAAGAGCUUUACCUUGACCAUCACCAUAUCUUCCAGCCCUCCGCAGGUCACGACCUACAACAAGGCCAUCAAGGUUACCGUGGACGGUCCCCGGGAACCGAGGUCAAAGACCAUGCUCUCUGUUCUAGGGCAGCAGCAGCAGUUCCAUGCCUUCGCCUUCGGUCAGCGGCCCUUCCUCUCCGGGCACUUCGGCAGCCCCUUGGACCCGUUGCAGCGCACCACCGACCCCCUAGCCUUCCGCAUGCCCACCAUGUCCAGCUGUCAAAACAUGGGUCAGUUUGGGCUGAACAACUCCCACCACUGGGGCUACAGUGCAGCCACGCCAUACUCCUCGUACUUGGGGGCAGGCUCUCUCAGUAGCUGCGCGGCUUCUGGAGGCUUCAAUACCCCCGCCAUAGGCUUCCCUGCUGGCACCGACCAUAACCAGGAUACCUUCCACACUGCCAGCACGACAUCCUCCAUGAUGGCGGACUCAGCACCGGUGGGUGAUCUGGAUCAGCACCUGAUGGCACCUCAAUCGCAGCAACUGCACAACAACUCCGUCAACACCUCGGUGAGUCUCCCUCGGUACUCGGGCUCCGACUUCCUCAGCGGUCCUCGUUCCCUCAGCGACUCGUCCACCGCCGAGUCGCCAGUGGGCAACGAGGAGCUCCCGGGCAACCAGACCACCUUCCACCACCACCACAUACACCACCACAACCCCGCCACCACCUACCCCUCCCACUACCCUGUGCUGCCGUCCCUGCUGUACUCCCAGCUCUACCACUCGUCCGGCCCGGACUUACUCUCGUCCACCCAGCUGCCUGCCCGGGGGGACGACCACAACCCGCCCCAGCGCACACACACGGCGGCGGACAACUCGGCCGUCUGGAGACCUUACUGACCCCAGGACUCUCUGGCAGACCCCCUGGCCAUCUAACAGUGGACUAGAGAACCGCUCUCUCAGAACAGUGCGUGAGGGGACUUGGCGAUGUUCGAUUUGUAUAGUUCUUUAUCGUUACCAUGGACCUACGCCGAGACAUGACGUCACACGUGAAGAUUUUAUACAGUGUACCACAAAGACUUGGAUGAAUACACUAUCGGGUUGUAUAUAUAUUUUGUUUCGUAUUACAGGUUUAAUUUUAUUUUCAACAUAUUCUUAAUUUUAACUGUAUUAUCUCUAAUAAUAACAAUUUUCUUCCAGAUUGUUUGUUACAGAACACGUAAUACUGUUAUGCAAGUUUAAUAAGUUUUUUAAUAAUUUUAAUGUAUGUUUCACUAUAUGUCACCGAUGAUAUGGCAAGCCCAGAGUUCUCAAACUGUGCACACCUCAAUGUUUUCCUGUCACAGUGUCAAAAAGCUACCUGCCGUGUUCAUAAAAAACGUCUGCUCCAUUUACAAUCCGAAUGUUAAUAAUAUAUAUAAUACUAGGUGUUUCAAACACGACUCGGACGAUUAGGGGUAAUGUAGUGUCCAAUUCUUUUUCGAAAUCGGUGGCUCAAUAAUUUUUCAAAAUUUGCUAAGGAUAUACAGUUAUGACGUGUACAUAAUUACACUUGAGUUGUGACUUCUAAAAUAAC